GCAUUUUCACUUCAUUACAAGUAUCGAAUGCUGGCCCAUCUUCGCGGCCGUCGGCGAACAAGUUAACCCGGCGGACGCAUGAGUUAACUGCCAUAGGUAGUUAGCUCGUUGGCUGAUCGCUCUUGCUUUCGUCUAUCUUUUUGUUCCUUGUCCGUGGCGGCCGUUACGGCGAACGUCCGUUUCUUGCUCAUCGGUCCUGCCGCCCUGUGUACUAGCUGUCAGCCCAACGGCGCAGGCAGUGAUAGUCUUAGUCUACGCUUCAAGGAGCAUCUGCCUACGCAUCGGCGGUAAAUCUCUUUCCAGUGCUAACUAAUUUUGGUUCUUCGACUGGUGGGGGACAGCGGCAGCGAUGGCUGAAGCCGGUUGUAAUGGCGUGAAGGCGACGGGCUCCAAGUACGACCACCAUGGCUUGGCAUUCUCUACGCGCGCUCUGCACUUCCAGGAUGAGAACGAUCCUUACGGCGCCAAGAACGCUCCGAUCUAUCUGACGGCCACGUUCAAGCUUCCCUCCGUCACGAAGGCUGGGUCGUUUCUCUAUUCGCGAUUCGACAACCCGACGAGAUCGACGCUGGAGAAGCACAUUGCUCGCCUUCACGAUGCAGAUCGUGCGUUCUGCUUCUCGACGGGAAUGGCCGCGCUGACGACGGUGAUGCAGAUGGUGGAGGUCGGCGACGAGAUCGUGGCGGACGAUGACAUCUACGGCGGGACGGACAGGCUGCUCACCAGCCUUGUCACACGAUGGGGCGUGACGGUGAAGCGCGCCAACACGAGCAACCUCGACGAGAUCCGAGCGGCCGUGACGGCUAAGACGAAGCUUGUCUUCCUGGAGAUCGCGACGAACCCUCUGCUGCAGAUCACCGAUAUCGCUGCCAUCGCCGAGAUCGCGCACAGGACCGGCGCGCUGGUUGUGGUGGACAACAGCAUAAUGUCGUCGGCACUUUCGAGGCCGUUGGAUCACGGCGCGGAUAUCGUGAUGGAGUCGCUGACGAAGUUCAUGUCCGGGCACAGCGACGUGAUGGGUGGUUUCCUGGCCGUUAGGGGGGAGCAGCUUGCGAAGGACAUCCACUUUCUCCAGUCGUCCGAAGGAGCGUGUCUGAGCGCUUUCGACAGCUUCUUGAUACUGAGGGGAAUGCAGACGCUGUCUCUGAGAGUGGAAAAGGCUCAGGAGAAUGCGCAGGCCAUAGCCGAUUGGCUGGCGAAGCACCCGCUCGUCAAGAAGGUGAUGUACCUUGGACUUCCUGGCUUUCCCGACAGGGAUCUGCAUUUCAAACAGUGCUCUGGGGCGGGAUCGGUCCUCUGCUUCACCACGGGAGAUGUCGAGCUGUCCAAGCUGGUGGCCGAUGGCGCGGAGGUGUUCCAGAAGACGGUGAGCUUCGGCAGCGUCGGCUCGCUCAUCAGCUUGCCGUGCUUCAUGUCGCACGCCGCUGUGCCCAAGGCCAUCCGAGAGGCCAGGGGCCUGCCUGACGAUCUCGUACGGCUGGGUGUCGGGAUCGAGUUUGUCGGCGAUCUGAUCAACGAUCUGGAUCACUCGUUCAAAUUGGCCAUGGCGAAGCUUGGAGGAAAGGAGACGCCCAAGUACGAGCCCACCGGCCAUUCUUCAUUCGUAUAUAAGCCGCGCUUUCAGUAGCCGCCGCCACUUCAGCGGAGGACGGGAAGAUCAGGAUGGGUGAGUGCAAGCAGAUACAUACAUUAUUUGUCUCGGAAGACGUUAAUGUGACUCGACUUUUGCGAGCGAAUGUUUAUUAUUCUUCUCGGGUUUGUAUGUGUUAAUGCUUUUUUCUGUUCACGACUACGUUGGCGGCGUCGGUAGGUGUAGUGUUUGUGGAGUAUGCACUUCCAAGUUGGGCGUGUGUUUCGGUUUUUGCCAUUCGCAUGAGCAAAACGGGUAUUCAAGGGCCUGACGUUUUAGGUCACCGAGGACUUCCGACUAUGGUGCUUUUCGAUCCUUCUGAGCUCGUAGCAUUCGCACUGUCGAAUCAGUGUCGAUACCAGAUAGUUUUCUACUUCAUUGUUGCGUUAUUGAUUCGUGGAGGCCCUUGAACCAGGCAGGGAGCGAGGGCGCGCUGGAAGCCCGGAGCAUUGUUUGUGUUUGGCCGUGCGAUGUUGACGAGAGGAGUGUUGGCAGUUAUUGAACAACUUUCGACUCUAUGCGGAUCGUUUUUUUGGUCUGAUCUAUAGAUCUUGCUGUUCGUUCGCUUGAGAUGUUGGAUGUAGCGUCGUUUCAGGUCGUAAGCAUUAACUCUUCUCGCAACUUCCGCU